AAUUUUUAGGAUAAAAGAUCAUCAAACAAUUUGAACAAACCACAACAAUGGCUGUAUCUUCCUCCCCAUCAAUUGGCCGCUCUUUAUCAUAUUCACCAUUAUCUGGUUCACCUUUUAUUAAACACAAAAACCAUUCUAAUAAUAAUAUUAAAUAUAGAUAUAAUGAUAAUUAUCAUAUAAAUUAUGGGUUUUGUAACACCAAAUUUAGCUCAUUGGCUAUCAGUUGUUCAGCUUCUUCUUCUUCUGAUUCCUUGCCUUUUAGUUUGAAUGAAAAUGGGAAAUCUAGAGGUCCUGUUAAGUGGCAAAGAGUGCUUCUUAAAGUAAGCGGAGAAGCACUUGCUGGUGACCGAGAACAAAAUAUUGACCCGAAGGUUACAAUGGCUAUUGCAAGAGAGGUUGCUGAUGUGUCCCGGCUAGGCAUUGAGGUGGCUAUAGUUGUUGGUGGGGGGAAUAUCUUCCGUGGAGCAUCAUGGGCAGGAAGUAGUGGCCUUGAUCGCUCAUCUGCUGAUUACAUCGGGAUGUUGGCAACUGUUAUGAAUGCUAUAUAUUUGCAAGCAACCAUGGAGAGUAUCGGCAUUCCAACAAGAGUCCAGACAGCAUUUAGGAUGUCUGAAGUUGCUGAACCAUAUAUACGUCGAAGGGCUGUUAGGCAUUUAGAGAAGGGUAGGGUCGUCAUCUUUGCAGCUGGAACCGGAAAUCCCUUUUUCACUACAGAUACUGCUGCAGCCCUUCGUUGUGCAGAGAUUAAUGCGGAGGUAGUCUUAAAAGCUACUAAUGUGGAUGGAGUUUAUGAAGAAGAUCCUAAGAACAACCCUAAUGCUAACCUUCUUGACAGUCUUACCUAUCAAGAAGUAAUCUCGAAGGACCUUGGUGUCAUGGACUUGACCGCAAUCACUCUAUGCCAAGAAAACAAUAUCCCGGUUGUUGUAUUCAAUCUUGAUAAACCUGGUAACAUUGCAAAAGCUAUUAAGGGAGAGAGAGUUGGCACACUGAUUGGUGGUGGUGCUUGUGUCUCAGCUACUGCAAGGACUUGAGCAAACCUUUUUUGGGUAAUCUAUGGAAACUCUUUGGUUCUUCAUACUAAUUGUUUAGUAAUGUAGCUAAAAUAUGAAGAUAUCUGAAGGUAAAAUUUUGCAUUAAUCUCUACAUAUAGUAGAGUAUUAGGUUAGCUACAUUUGGUGGUAAUGGUAGCAUGAUAGUGAAGUUCAGUCAUAGUUAUGUUUUUAUUGUAUUAUUUGGCAUUAGUUGGGUCGUUUCGUACUGUUAAUGAACUGAGAAUGCAGCGUUAUGUUUUCAGUUA